AUGCCAGAGCUUUUAAUUGUCUUAGUUAUUUUAAUUUCCUUUCUUCUACUUUGGACUAUUGCGGCUUUGUGCUACAUCUCGGGGAUUUUUAGGUCUGUCGAUCUUUCAAUCUCGUCAGAAAUUCCUUAUUUGAAGGACGGAGCAGAAUUGUACUACAAAGCAAACUUUGGAUCUUAUGGCUCUCUGGGCGGCCUUUUCACUGAAGCCUAUUCUAUUGCACCAGGGGUUAUCCAGUGCGGUAUCUACUAUGACGACUCUGGUAGGGUAGCCGCUAAGGACUGCCGGUCUGCUGUUGGGGUCAUUUUAACGGAUGGUCCGGCGGAUGUAGUUGAACGCUUUGAAAAACAUGGAUUCAAGAAGUUUCUUCUUCCACCUAUAAAAGAAGCCUUGUAUGAGUCAUUUCCGCAUGUCUCAUUUUUAUCCAUCUUUAUUGGAAUAUGGAAAGUGCUUCCGCUUUUGAGAAAAAUGUUUAAGGAAUUUGAGUGCAGCGGAUUUACAUACAUAGAGGUUUAUGAUGAUUCGAAGAUCCAUUACAUUGGCAUUCUCGAUAAUAAUGUGUCAUUCCUUGUUCCUGAUUUUGCUGAUACUAACAAAGGUGGGGCAGUUCCUGUCCUUACUUCAGAACUGGAGCAAGGUCUUGAUGGAAAUCAAAAGACAGAAUAA